CUCCCAUAAUCCGUGGCCUUUGAUUAUUCGUGCAGUACAGGUGUUGUGAAAUGCGAAAGUAUUGCAUGCUUCACAGCAAAUAAUAUAAAAAUAGUGCAAAAGUAUUACGAAAUUCGCAAUAAGAUGAUUCGAGCCACGAGCAGGCUCACAGGAUCGCUUUGCCGCGAGGUUCGCGUGGGGUUCGCCGUAAAUCUGGUGCAUUCGGAAAACCGGACCCCAACCGAAUUAGGUUGCUCAUAUGUUGCUCACCGAUGUCCCACAACUACAAUCCGAAAUGCGCGAAAGAUAUAUACCGGACGUAUAUUGGCCACUGUAUCGACGAAUGUGCACGAUGUGGAAUCUAAAGAUGGCUUUCUGAAACGAUUUAUUAAGAAAAUGGGAUGGAUUGAUAAUUCUGCUACAAGAUUGCGCGUUUCCAGCUGUUUACUUUACGAAUCCGUCGUUGACCAUAUCAACUAUUCGCAGUUCUUCGAGUACUUCAAUAUGCCAGAUACGUUCAAUACCUGGUUCUUGAUCACGGAACUGCAUGUAUGGAUGUUGCUUGUACGGUCGAUGGCAGAAGGGGAUGAAAAGGGCGCCGCUGGACGAUUUAUGCGUAAUUGCAUCGUAGAAACCAUGUGGAAUGAUGUGACUACCCGCGCCAAACAACUGACAAUGGACAACCCAUCGGCGGUGCGUCCUCAAAUACAGCAACUCUCCGAACAGUUCCAGGCAGCGCUGAUAUCGUACGACGAGGGUAUUAGCUACGACGAUAAAGCGCUAGCGGCUGCUUUGUGGCGCCGGUUUUUGGGCGGACGAUGUGACGACUACGAAAAGCUGGAGCUCUUGGUCGGAUAUGUACGCAAGCAGGUCUCGAUGCUUGAUCAGCUAAGCAGAUACGAUUUUGCUAUCAAACCAGCGAUCAAAUGGGCACCAUUAGUAGAAAGUAAACAACCAACAUAGCCUAAACGGUCAAAAGAUUGAACGAGUUUUCGGAUCCAGGCUAUGCACUGCCGUAUGUACUACCCGAGGCCGAAUGGUUCGAGAAAGUAGUUCUAUGUAAAGGUAUGUGCAUUAUUUAUACAUAGCAGAACAUGUCGUUCGGUUGAAAUGUGAUGUACCUGUAGGCGAUGGUGCGCAUAAGGGAUGAAAUGAAAUAAUUUAUCUGUGUUGUGAAGCGUACUUCUAUGUUUUACUUCCACAUGAAUAACAACAAUCUUAAAGCAAUCCAUUUUAAAUUCGUGUACAACAGUGCAAAAACAAAUCUUUUUGAUAUUUUUUUGUUCAAAUUCUUAACAGCAAACAAACAUCAAACAAAGUUAAACUUUUCAGUUUUAAGAUUUCUUUCAAUUUGUCCGUAUAUAACGGAUUGCACGAUUAGCUCAACCAAAUAGAUUAAUUAGUGUAAAGUAGCUAUUUGAAUCCUGAAAAUUAGUUGAAUAAUAACGAAAAUAAAAUGACUCGUUCGUCAGCA